GCCCCCCGAGCCGGACGGGACCAGGACACACACAGGGCUGCCAUGGCUGAGGAGGAGGAGCUGGGCACCAGGGUCACCCGGAGGGGCCCUCUGUCAGCUGGCAGUGCCCGGGGCGGUGCCACCGAGUCCAGCACGCUGCUGCAGGAGCUCCGCGGCAACAUCUCCAAAUCCGUGCAGAGCAAGGUGGACUCCAUCCUGCAGGACGUGCAGAAGUUCUCGGACAGCGACAAACUCUACCUGUACCUGCAGCUGCCCUCGGGGCCCAGCCUGGGCGAGAAGAGCAGCAGCAGCAGCUCCUCCUCGCUGGAGCUGAGCACGCUGGGCACGGCCGAGCACAUGCACGCCUGCAGCUGGAUCCGCAACCACCUGGAGGAGCACACGGACACCUGCCUGCCCAAGCAGGACGUCUACGACGCCUACAAGCGUUACUGUGACAACCUGGGCUGCCGCCCUCUGAGCACGGCCAACUUCGGCAAGAUCAUCCGCGAGAUCUUCCCGAACAUCAAAGCCCGGCGCCUGGGGGGCCGCGGCCAGUCCAAGUACUGCUACGGGGGGAUCCGGAGGAAGACCGUGGUCAGCCUUCCUCCCCUGCCCAGCCUGGACCUCAAAGUGACCGAGACGCAGGCGGAGCUGGCCGAGCUGGCUCACUCGUACAGCGCCGAGGUGACGGAGGCCGCGUGUGCCCUGACGUGUGACUGGGCCGAGAAGAUCCUGCGGCGCUCCUUCAACAACAUCGUGGAGGUGGCGCAGUUCCUGCUGCAGCAGCACAUCAUCAGCCCCCGCUCGGCCCACGCCGACCUGCUCAUGGCCAUGGUGCUCUCAGAAAACACGGACAAGCCCCCCCAGGACCCCCGGCCACCCUCAGCCCCCAAGAAGAACGGCCCGGACCCCGCGGACAGCAGGCAGGAGCAGGCCAAGAAGGACGCUGUCGCCAAGGUCCCCGCGCAGCCGCGGCCGGAGAAGAAGAAGCCGGAGGCGGCGCGGGCGGGCAGCAGCCCGCAGGUGAGCGCGCUGGUGGCGCGGCUGCCGCUGCUGCUGCCCCGCAUCCCGGCCCCGCAGCGCCCGCCCGUGCCCAGCGCGGCGCCCGCGCCGCCCGUGCUGGUGCCGCGGCCCGCGGGCACCGUGAAGGUGGCGCUGCCGCUGCCCGUGGGCGCCGCCGCCAUCCCCGUGCUCAACGUGCUGCUGCCCGGCGUGGGCGUGCCCGCGGCCGAGGCGCCGAGGGACAACGAGGGGCAGCAGCCGCAGCAGCCGCGCGGCCGCGCCGCCAAGCGCGCCCCCGAGGGCGCGGCCGCGGACGGCAGCGCGCGCAAGCGGCGGCGCGGGAGGCCCCGCAAGAGGCCGGGGGACAGCGCCGCGUCGCCCGAGGAGCCCGAGGUGGCCCGGGGCGAGGACGGAGGGGACUCGGCCCCGGGGGCGUCACCCGGGAGUGGCGGGGCCGCCGUGCCCGGCGGGGACAGGGGCGUGGCCGGCGGUGCUGCUGAGGAUGCCGGGGACAGCAUGGAGGUGGACAGUGACACGGUGGCUGGUGGGGACAGCCCGGGCAGUGGCAGUGCCACCGUCCCCCUUGGGGACAAUGGCAGUGCCACUGCCACCCUUAGUGACAGCCUGGUCAAUGGCAGUGCCACUGUCCCUAUUAGUGACAGCUCAGUCAAUGGCAGUGCCACUGUCCCCCUUAGUGACAGCCUGUCUGGGGGCAGUGCCACUGUCCCUGUUAGUGACAGCUUGGCGGGGGGCAGUGCCACUGUCCCUGUUAGUGACAGCUCAGUCAAUGGCAGUGCCACUGUCCCCCUUAGUGACAGCCUGGCUGGGGGCAGUGCCACUGUCCCUGUUAGUGACAGCGCAGUCAAUGGCAGUGCCACUGUCCCCCUUAGUGACAGCCUGGCUGAGGGCAGUGCCACUGUCCCUGUUAGUGACAGCGCAGUCAAUGGCAGUGCAACUGUCCCUGUUAGUGACAGCGCAGUCAAUGGCAGUGCCACUGUCCCCCUUAGUGACAGCUCAGUCAGUGCCAGCGUCCUACUCAGUGACAGCGCAGUCAAUGGCAGUGCCACUGUCCCCCUUAGUGACAGCCUGGCUGAGGGCAGGGCCACUGUCCCCGUUAGUGACAGCUCAGUCAAUGACAGUGCCACUGUCCCCCUUAGUGACAGCGCAGUCAAUGGCAGUGCCACUGUACCCCCUGGGGACAGCCUGGUCAGUGUCAGUGGCACCAUCCCCCUUGGGGACAACUCGGUCAAUGGCAGUCCUGCUGUCCCCCUUCGGGAAAAUGGCAGUGCCAGUGUCCCCCUCAGUGACAGCCUGGUCAGUGGCAAUGACACUGUCCCCUCUGGGGACAGCUCCGUCAGUGGCAGUGCCACCACUCCCCUUGGGGACAGCCCAGUCAGUGGCAGCAUCCCUGGUGAUGGCUCUGCUGCUGGUGGCAGUGCCACCGUCCCCCUUAGUGACAGCCCAGCUGGGGGAAGUGCUACCACCCACCUUGGGGACAGCCCGCUCAGUGGCAGUGCCAGCGUCCCCCUUGGGGACAGCUCAGUCAGUGCCACUGUCCCCCUUGGGGACAGCCCGCUCAGUGGCAGUGCCAGCUCCCCCAGUUGUGGCUCUCCUGGUGGUGGCAGUGCCACUGUCCCUGUCAGCGACAAGCCAGUCCCUGGCAGUGCCACUGUCCCUGUCAAGGACAGCCCAGCCAUGUCCAGUGACACUGGGGACAGGCCUGUCACUGUCAGGGCCACCAGCCCUGUCAGGGACAGCUCACUCAAGGGCAGUGACACUGGGGACAGGCCGGUCACUGCCAGUGCCACUGUCCCUAUUAGGGAUGGGCCAGACACUGGCAGUGCCACCAUCCCCACUGAGAACAGCCCGGCCAGGGUUGGUGACAGUGGGGACAGGCUGGUCAUUGCCAGUGCCACCACAGAGGACAGGCCAGUCACUGGCAGUGCCACCAGCCCUGCUGAGGACAGCCCAGCCAGGGUGAGUGACACUGGGGACAGGCCGGUCACAAGGAGUGCCACCAGCCCUGUCAGGGACAGCCCAGCCGGGGUUGAUGACACUGGGGACAGGCUGGUCACUGUCAGUGCCACUGUCCCUAUUAGGGAUGGGCCAGACACUGGCAGUGCCACCAUCCCCACUGAGGACAGCCCGGCCAGGGUUGGUGACAGUGGGGACAGGCCGGUCACUGGCAGUGCCACCACGGAGGACAGGCCUGUCACCAGCAGUGCCACCGUCCCUGUCAGGGACAGCCCAGCCAGGGCCAGUGGCGCUGCUGGGGACAGGCCGGUCACCAGGAGUGCCACCAUUCCCAGCAGGGACAGCCCAGCUGGUGGCAGUGCCACCGUCCCUGUCAAGGCCAGUCCAACCAGGGGCCGUGCCACCAGUGGGGACAGGCCGGUCAGUGGUGACACUGUCCCUGUCAGGGACAAGCCAGUCCCUGGCAGUGCCACUGUCCCUAGGAGGGACAGCUCACCCAGGGCCAGUGCCAGUGGGGACAGGCCAGUUACUAGAAGUGCCACUGUCCCCACAGCUGGUGGCAGUGCCACCGUUCCUGUCAAGGACAGCUCACCCAGGGCCAGUGCCACCACUGGGGACAGGCCGGUCACCAGGAGUGCCACCGUCCCUGUCAGGGACAGCCCAGCUGGUGGCAGUGGCACCACACCAGUCAAGGACAAUCGGGCCAGGGGCAGUGCCACCACUGGGGACAGCUCAUCCCGGGACAGUGCCACCGUCCCUGUCAGGGACAGCUCACCCAGAGCCAGUGGCAGCGUUGGGGACAGACCGGUCACCAGGAGUGCCACCAUUCCCAGCAGGGACAGCCCAGCUGGUGGCAGUGCCACCGUCCCUGUCAGGGACAGCUCAUCCAGGGCCAGUGCCACCACUGGGGACAGGCCAGUGAGGAGCAGUGCCACCACUGGGGACAGGUCAGUCAGUGGCAGUGCCACUGUCCCUAGGAGGGACAGCUCACCAAGGGGCAGUGGCACUGGGGUCAAACCGGUGACUGGCAGUGCCACCGUCCCUGUCAGGGACAGCUCCAGGAGCAGUGCCACUGCAGGGGACAGGCUGAGCAGGGACAGUGCCACCACUGGGGACAGGGCAGGGAGGAGCAGUGCCACCAUCCCUGUCAGGGACAGGUCACCCAGAGACAGUGGCAGUGGGGACAGGCCGGGCAGGGGCAGUGCCACUGUCCCCAUCAGGGACAGGUCACCCAGAGACAAUGGCAGCGGGGACAGGCCGGGCAGAGGCAGUGCCACCAGUGGGGACAGGUCACCCAGGGCCAGUGGCAGCGGGCUCAGGCUGGUCAGGGACAGUGCCACCAUGCCCAUGAGGGACAGUGCCACCGUUCCCAUGAGGGACAGGUCACCCAGGGCCCCUGACCCUGGGGACAGGCCGGGCAGGAGCAGUGCCACUGUCCCUGCCAGGGACAGCCCAGCUGGGGGCAGUGGCACGGUCAGGGACAUGCCAGUCUCUGGCAGUGCCACUGUCCCCAUCAGGGACAGGGACAGCCCAUCCAAGGGCACUGCCACUGUCCCUGUUGGGGACAGGCUGGUCACUGCCACUGCCACUGUCCCUGUUGGGGACAGGCCAGUCAGUGGUGGUGGCACCAUUGGGGACAGGCUGCUCACUACCAGUGGCACCAGUGGGGACAGGCCGGUCAGUGGUGGUGGCACUGCUGGGGACAGGCUGCUCACUGCCGGUGGCACCGUUGGGGACAGGGUGGUCAGUGACAGUGGCACCGUUGGGGUCAGGCUGCUCACUGCCAGUGGCACCGUUGGGGACAGGGUGGUCAGUGACAGUGGCACCGUCGGGGACAGGGUGGUCAGUGACAGUGGCACCGUUGGGGACAGGCUGCUCACUGCCAAUGGCACCGUCGGGGACAGGGUGGUCAGUGACAGUGGCACUGCUGGGGACAGGCUGCUCACUGACAGUGGCACCCCUCCUGGCAGGGACUGUCCCUCCAGGGGCAGUGGCACUCCUGGGGACAGGCCGGUCCCUGGCAGUGCCACUGUCCCUGUCAGGGACAGCCUAUCCAGGGGCACUGCCACCAUCGUGGACACGCCUGUCACCGGCAGUGCCACCGUCCCUGUGGGUGACAGCCCCUUCUGGGCCUGGGGCACCGCUGGGGACAGCGCGGGCGCUGGCAGUGCCACCUUCCCCGUCAGGGACUGCCCGUCGCGGGGCACCGCCGCCAUCGUGGACGCGCUGGUGACCCUGAGUGGCACCGUGGUGGACAGGAGGAUCCUGGGCAGUGUCACCGUCCCCGUCAGGGCCAGCCUGUCCCGGGGCACUGCCACCAUCGUGGACACGCCCGUGUUCGUCAGUGCCACCGUCCUCGUUGGGGACUCCAUCCCCAGGGUCACCGCCACCAUCGUGGAGUCCAGGGUGCCCGGCCAUGCCAUCCUCCCCCUCGGGGACACGCUGGCCUGUGGCAGUGCCACCAUCCCUGUCAGGGAGUGCCUGUCUGGGGACGGUGCCACCGUCCCUGGUGGGGACUGGACAUCCAGGGACGGUGCCACCGUCCCUGUCAGGGAGUGUCCGUCCAGGGAUGGUGCCACUGUCCCCAUCAGGGAGUGCCCAUCCCGUGACAGUGCCACCCUCCCUGUUGGGGCCGGGUCAGUGGGUGGCAGUGCCACCAUCCCUGUCAGGGAGUGCACAUCCAGGGGCAGUGCCACCCCUGGGGACAGCAGGCACGUCACUGGCAGUCCCCCUGUCACGGACACACUGGUCAGUGGCAGUGCCACCAUCCCUGUCAGGGACUGCCCGUCCAGGGGCAGUGCCACCCCUGGGGACAGGCCUGGCAGUGCCACCCCUGGGGACAGGCCUGUCCCUCCCGUCCGUGUCAGUGUCAUCAGGGAUGGUAGGACGGGCACCAGGGUGGCACCGGCGGCCCUGGCACAGUGCGGUCACAGCCGGGCCGGGUCCCCCCUCGGGGACACGCAGGGACACACGGGGGCGGGCACAGGGACGGGGUCCCCUGCGUCACACCAGUAAAAACCAGUAAAAACCAGUAAAAAACAGUAAAAACCAGU